AUGGAGAAAAUGGAGCCUGUUGGAACCUUUUUUGAUGAAGAAUGGGAAUCAUUGAGCAGAAUGUUUUCCAGUGAAGAAUCUGAUCUCACGCUGCAUUUGCAUGGCAGUGAGUUGUUUUCGAAUCAAGUCGUAAACGGGCUGUGCUCGGAACUCCCAUCAAAUUUCUUGGAUAAUACAGAAGAAAAUGUGGCUGCUGGAAUUGAUGAUACUGUAUCAUUUACUUUUGAUCAUACUCUUGACACGACUAACUUUCAUUAUCUUUCUCAAGAAAAUAGGAAUAGCAGCACUGAAAUUGGCAAAUUGUUUUUUCCAAAUCAAGAAAAUGCAGUUAAUUUUCCUGAUCAGUUGACCCGUUUUUGUAUGACGGAUUGCAAAAAUGAUCAAAACUUUCCGGUCAGUUUUCCUGAAGAUCAUGUGGUGGAAGACAUUCUGUUUAUUAAAGAAGAUAUGGACAGUGGCCAAAUGGGGAAGGCAAAAAGUCAGCCUGCAGAAAUUGGUGAUUCUGUCAAGGAAAUGCAGUUCAAGAGGAAGUCUGACACACCAGAAGAAACACUGGACGAAAAUUAUCCCAACAAGAAAUCUAGGGUUUCUAGAGAUGCAUCAAGAAACAAACGGUGGAUUGCUCAGAGGAAGAGGAAGAAGAACGUUAAUCAAAACAGUACUGAUGAACUAGAAGAGAAUAAUGGUGGGGAAAAUGGAAAGAGUUCUAGUAGUUACUGCUAUGAGGAUGAUUGUAAUGGUUCUCAAGAGCUCAAUGGAAGGGAAAAUUCAGAAUCCAAAGGCUCAGCCACUGUGAAAUCAAAUGGGAAAGCAAGAGCCAGUAGGGGUUCUGCAACUGAUCCCCAAAGUCUUUAUGCAAGGAGAAGAAGAGAAAGGAUUAAUGAGAGAUUGAGAAUCUUGCAGAAUCUUGUCCCAAAUGGAACAAAGGUUGAUAUUAGCACAAUGCUCGAAGAGGCCGUCCAUUACGUCAAGUUUUUACAGCUUCAAAUUAAGUUAUUGAGCUCUGAUGAUAUGUGGAUGUAUGCUUCUAUUGCUUACAAUGGAAUGGGUAUUGGCAUUUAUGAGAAUCAUUCAUACUAG